AGCAGCAGCAGCAGCAGCGCUUCACAGUGAGAGCGGAGCUCGGGCUGAUGAAGUGGGAGAGUUUAUUCAGCCAUUUAUUUCAUAUUUAACCCUCAGAGAGCGGUUGUCUGCGCUUCAACGGAUCACCUGCAGUCUCUUCACAGUCUCCACCAGCAUGCCUGCAGGAUUUACCGCCUUAAAGACGCUUAUUUAGAGAGAAAAGGGCGGAAAGGCAGCGGGAGAGAAGCGGAGCGGAGCGGCGGCGGUGGUGGAGGAGAAGGUUAGAUAGCCUAGCUGACUAGCUGCUUAGCUGGUUGGCUAGCUACGUAGGCUAACAGGCGAGCUGCUGGAGGAGGACGCGUUCCCGCAUGGCCCUCUGCACGAUGGUUGGAUGCUGCCAGUCUGCGUCUGCCCGCUCCUAGCUCUGCUGCAUCCUGAUUGGACGGAAUCUGUGACGAGGGAUAAUUUCCAUGGUUGCCAUGACUUAAAAAUACUGCUCGCCUAAAGAUGGAGAAAAAGAAAAUGUGUCCCCGCCUCCUGGACUACCUCGUGGUAGUUGGAGCCAGGCAGCCCAGUAGUGACAGUGUGGCUCAGACGCCGCAGCUGCUGAGACGCUACCCACUGGAGGAUCAUCCAGACUUUCCUCUGCCGCCGGACGUGGUGUUCUUCUGCCAGCCUGAGGGCUGCCUGAGUAUCCGGCAGCGCCGGGUCAGCCUCCGCGACGACUCGUCCUUCGUCUUCGCACUCACUGAUAAGGACUCGGGCAUCACGCGAUAUGGCAUCUGCGUCAACUUCUACCGAUCCUUCCAGAGGGGCCAUCACCGCCCACGGGCAGAGGGCAAAGACAAGCCCCCUCAGAUGGACCCUGCAGUCGAAGCCACAGAGAAGUCCGACCCCUCCACGCUCUCUCUCUCCGGCGACUCCACAGCGCCCCCGGCUGCAGAUGGAGCGGUACCGCCGGGCGAGGGGGGCGGUGGGAAGUCGCCGCGGCCCAAACGCAGCAGAGCGGCAGCGCGGAACCGGAACAGCACGCUGACGUCUCUGUGCAUGCUGAGCCACUACCCGUUCUUCUCCACCUUCAGAGAGUGUCUGUACAUCCUCAAACGCAUGGUGGACUGCUGCAGCCACCGCCUCAACCAGAGACCCGGCGCUGCCAAGGGCACCCAGCGGGAUGCUAUGUGGCGCGUGUUCACUGGCGCUCUUUCAGUGGAGGAGAAGGAAAAGGGCAGUCAGCUGCUGCAGGACCUGAAGGAGAUUGAGUCGUGGGUGUACCGGCUGUUGCGUUCUCCGGUUCCUGUAGCGGGUCUCAGGCGUGUGGACGUGGAGGUUCUUCCUCACGAGCUGCAGCCAGCGCUCACCUUCGCCCUGCCAGACUCGUCUCGCUUCUGCAUGGUGGACUUUCCUCUCCACCUGCCGCUGGAGCUUCUGGGGGUGGAUGCCUGCCUGAAGGUGCUCAGCUGCAUCCUUCUGGAGCACAAGGUGGUACUGCAGUCUCGGGACUACAACGCUCUCUCUAUGAGCGUCAUGGCGUUUGUAGCCAUGAUCUACCCUCUGGAGUACAUGUUCCCAGUCAUUCCUCUGCUCCCCACAUGCAUGGCCUCCGCCGAACAGCUCCUGCUAGCCCCGACUCCAUACAUCAUUGGUGUGCCUGCCAGCUUCUUCCUGUACAAGUCAGACUUUAAGAUGCCUGAUGAUGUCUGGCUGGUGGAUCUAGACUGUAACAAGGUCAUUGCACCUAGCAAUGCAGAACUCCUCCCACCUUUACCUGAACCAGAAUCCUCAGAGCUGAAGAAACACCUGAAACAGUGUCUGGUCAGGUUGACUGUGAUCACCCAAAAGCAGAUCUUCGCCUCCGACUCCAAGGCUUUGGCCAGUAUGAGUCUGAACACUCAGCCCAUUCUGAACUUUGAGAAGUUCCAGGAGGGCCAGGAGCUGCCCCUGCUGCCCCCAGGACGGGACAAGUCCUCCCCCUCGUCCACAGAGUUUAACCCUCUCAUCUACGGCAAUGAUGUGGACUCGGUGGACGUGGCCACGAGGGUGGCGAUGGUGAGGUUCUUCAACUCUCCGAACGUUCUGCAGGGGUUCCAGAUGCACACUCGCACCCUGCGGCUGUUCCCGCGGCCCGUGGUCGCCUUUCAGGCCACCUCUUUCCUGGCUUCCCGUCCGAGACGCACCGGAUUCGCCGAUAAACUCUCCCACACGCAGGCUGUGGAGUAUUAUGGAGAGUGGGCCCUAAACCCCACUAACCUGGCCUUCCAGAGGAUCCAUAACAAUGUGUAUGACCCGUCUCUAAUCGGCGAUAAGCCCAAAUGGUACGCUCACCAGCUGCAGCCCGUGUUUUAUCGAGUGUAUGAUGGGAAUUCACAGCUUGCAGAGGCUCUGAGUGGACCACUGGAGGACGAGGCCAAUGACUCAGACCCUACAGAUGACAGUGGCAGCGACAGCGAGGCGUACGACGACUCCAGCUCUUCCUACUCCUCACUCGGAGACUUUGUGAAUGAGAUGAUCAAAGGGGACAUACAGGGAGACACGCCGAAUGUGGAUCCCCUGACCCAUGCAGCUCUUGAAGAUGCUAAUGAGGUGGAGAUCCACGACUUUCAGGAGUAUAAGGAGGAGGGUGGAGAGCGAGCGCCUGAAACGGAGGGACCUGCCGAGGCUGCGGACAGCCAGCCGCUCCGCUCCAGCUCCAGCACCACGGCCAGCUCCAGCCCCAGCACCGUCAUACAGGGAGUCAAUCACGAGGCAACAGAGGCUGUUGAGUUGGAGGCGUCGGCUACUGCAGCGCUGCAGAACUCCGUCCCGGGAUUGGCUCCUCCACCGUUUACAAGACCCGUCCCUGAACCGACCCCCGCAGACCUGGCCAAUAAGAAGCGGGAGUACGAUAACCCGUAUUUUGAGCCCCAGUACGGCUUUCCUGCAGAGGAGGAGGCUGACUGUGAGGAGCAGGAGGAGAGCUACACUCCCCGCUUCAACCAGAACAUCAACGGAAACAAGCCGUCCCGCCCGUUGAGACCCAGCAGCCUGAAGCUCCCGGGUGAAUCUGAUGGCGAGGACUCUAAGAACAGCUCACCCAACUCCACCAUCUCCAACAACAGCAGCGACGGGUUCGGAGGACUCAUGUCUUUUGCCAGUAACUUAUAUAAGAACCACGGCACCAGCUUCAGUCUAUCCAGCCUGGCUCUCCCUAAUAAAGCUGCUAGAGAGAAGAACACCCCCUUCCCCAGCCUUAAAGAAUGGCUUAAUUUUGAGUUAGACGAUGAGGCGGAUCAAGUAUUUGGGCUAAAUUCUCUAAUGGAGAUUAUAACAGAGGUCGGCCCGGGGAGCGGAGAAGGUGCUCGUGCCCCUCGUGCACUGGUGGAUCAAAAGUCGUCUGUUAUAAAGCACAGCCCUACAGUAAAGAGGGAGCCUCCUUCACCCCAGGGACGAGCCAACAAUACCAGUGAAAACCAGCAGUUCCUGAAGGAGGUGGUGCAGAGCGUGCUGGAAGGGCAAGGUGUCGGCUGGCUCAACAUGAAGAAAGUGCGCCGCCUGCUGGAGAACGAGCAGCUGCGCAUCUUUGUACUUAGUAAACUCAACCGCGCCGUCCAAUCAGAGGAGGACGCUCGCCAGGAAGUCAUCAGAGAUGUGGAGAUUAACAGGAAGGUGUAUAAGGGCAUGCUGGACCUGCUGAAAUGCACAGUCUCCAGUUUGGAGCACUCCUACACUAAUGCAGGGCUAGGGGGCAUGGCCAGCGUCUUCAGCCUGUUAGAGAUCGCACGAACCCACUACCAAACCAAAGACCCCGAGAAGCGAAAGCGGAGUCCCACCGACGGGGCGAGCAGCCCGGGCAGCAAGGAGAGCCCGUCUGUCCGCAUGGAGAGCGCCAGGGCGGCGGGCGUGCUCCUGGUGCCACGCAUUCAGCUGCCACCCCCUUCCUCCGGGAAAGGGGGGCACCAGUUUGACACCCGGAGUCUGAACGAAGAGAAUUUUAUUGCGUCUAUUGAAUUGUGGAGCAAGCACCAGGAUAACAGAAAGCAAAAAGCUAUGGAAAAAGAACAGAGGGCUGAUGGGGCAAAGCAGCGUCCAGAAGGGGGCGACACUGAGGAGAAGAAGUCUCAGAUCAGUGCAGACAGUGGGCUCAGCGUCACCUCAGGAUCUCAGAAAAGCGAUUCGGAAUCAUUGGCGAGUUCAGAGCCUCCAGCUCUGACCAGGAGCACCAGUCAGGACUCUGAGGCCAGCACAGUGGUGAGUAACAGCUCAGGUGAGACGCUGGGUGCUGACAGCGACCUGAGCAGCACAGCUGGAGAUGGACUGACGGGUCGGCCCUCUCCACACCUCGCUCUGUCCCGCGGUACUCUCUCAGACAGCGAGAUAGAGACCAAUCCUGCUACCAGCUCUGUGUUUGGGAAGACCCAUAAGCUGAAGCCAGGAGCGAAGGAGCCUGCUGGGGGUGUGGCUAAGGGAGCUCCUGCCCCGCCCCUUGAAGAUGUCAGCAUGAGGAUCUACCUGUGCGAGGGGCUGCUGGGGAGAGAUAAGAGCUCAGUGUGGGAUCAGCUGGAGGACGCUGCCAUGGAAACCUUCUCUCUGAGUAAGGAGCGCUCCACUCUGUGGGAUCAGGUGCAGUUCUGGGAGGACGCUUUUCUGGAUGCUGUGAUGCUUGAAAGAGAGGGGAUGGGUAUGGAUCAGGGACCACAAGAGAUGAUUGACAGGUACCUGUCGCUGGGUGAUCACGACCGUAAGAGGCUGGAGGAUGAUGAGGACAGACUGCUGGCCACUCUGUUGCACAAUAUGAUAGCCUACAUGCUAAUGACGAAGGUGUCCAAAAACGACAUCAGGAAGAAGGUCCGGCGUUUGAUGGGGAAAUCUCACAUCGGCCUGACCUACAGCCAGGAGAUCAACGAGGUUCUGGACCGUCUUCCACAGCUGACCGGAAGGGAGCUUCCCAUAAGGCCGAGCGGGAGUCGCCAUAUAAAGAAGCAGACUUUUGUGGUGCAUGCUGGGACUGAUACCACAGGGGAUAUAUUCUUUAUGGAGGUGUGUGACGACUGCAUCGUACUGCGCAGUAAUAUUGGAACAGUGUACGAGCGCUGGUGGUACGAGAAGCUGAUCAAUAUGACCUACUGCCCCAAGACCAAAGUGCUGUGCUUGUGGAGGAGAAACGGACAGGAGACGCAGCUCAACAAGUUCUACACCAAGAAGUGUCGGGAACUGUACUACUGCGUCAAGGACAGUAUGGAGCGUGCAGCAGCACGGCAGCAAAGCAUCAAACCAGGUCCUGAGCUGGGAGGAGAAUUCCCGGUGCAGGAUAUGAAGACGGGAGAAGGUGGUCUCCUGCAGGUCACUCUCGAGGGAAUCAACCUCAAAUUUAUGCACAGCCAGGUUUUCAUAGAGCUGAAUCACAUUAAAAAGUGCAAUACAGUGAAGGGAGUCUUUGUCCUGGAGGAAUUUGUUCCUGAAACUAAAGAAGUGGUGAUCCACAAGUACAAGACUCCAAUGGCACAUCAGAUCUGUUACUCCGUGCUCUGUCUCUUCUCCUACAUGGCUGCAGUGAAGGGAAAAGAGACGGAGGGCAAACCCAAGAUGCUGUCCCCUCGUCCACUGCCCAGCUAAUGCACAUUCCCUCCACCUGCUGUCAUUUAUUCAGACCCUGUCCUGAUCUUCUACAUUCUACACCUUCAUUCCUGCACUGUACCGCGUUCUCCAGCCUGUAGAUCCACAGCAGAUCAGCAGAUCCUGCACUGCUCGAUGUUCCGACGGCUCUGUUUAAUUCUGGAUAAUCAUCACUGACAUUAUUUAAUCCAGUUCUCAGAAACUCUGUUCAUUAAAGCAUUUCAUCCCUCAACUUUCAAACCAUUCAGCUGCUCAGAACAUUCAGACUGUAGUAUACUUCACUUCUGAGUUCCUUCACCAUGUGAAAGCCACCAACUCAACUCAACUCUGCUCAACCCAACUCAACUGUGCCCAACGCUACUCCACCCAAAUCAACUCUACCCAGCACUACUCUACUGAACCCAACCCAACCCUGCUUAACUCUACUCAACCCAACUUAACUCUGCCUGACUCUAACUCAACUGAGCUCUGCCUAACGCUACUCAACUCUACUCUGCCGAACUGUGCCCAACGCUACUCAACUCAAUUCUGCUCAACCCAACUUGAAUCUGCCUGACUCUUCUCAACCCAAAUCUACUCUACUGAACUCUUCUCCAACCUAACUCUACUCAACCCAACUCAACUCUACUCAACUCAACUCUGCUCAACCCAACUCAACUCUGCCUGACUCUUUUUAACCCAAAUAUACUUCUCUGAACUCUUUCCAACUCUGCUCAACUCUACUCAGCCCAACUCAACUCUACCUAAACCUAUUCUACCCAGCUUUCCUCUACUGAACUCUGCCCAACGCUACUCAACCCAACUCAACUCUGUGCGACUCUAUUCAACCCAACCCAACCCAACCCGACCCAACUCUAUCCAAACCUAUUCUACCCAGCUUUCCUCUACUGAACUCUGCCCAACGCUACUCAACCCAACUCUACUCUGCAUAACUGAACUCUUCUCAGCUUUACUCAGCUCUACCCAACUCUACUUUACCAAUCUGUACUCUACCUAAAUCUACCUAGCUCAACUCUACCGUACUCGGCUCUACCCAACUGAACUCGACCCAACCCAGCUCUACUCUACCCAACUCUACUGUACUCAAUUCUACUGAACUCUACCCAACUCUACUCAACUGCUAUUCAUCUGUUAGUAUAUCUUGCAUGUGGUCAGAGGUGCAUCACUCUCUGUAAAUUGGCAUCAGCAUGGCCACAAUCAAUGACCUCUGUCCAGGCAAGCACUCUAACUCCACGAUCCUCAAUCCCACCUGAAGACGCUCUUGCUCAUCUUCAUCAUUGUCUGUGGACUCAGAGACAGUGUAAUAAAUUAAUGUGUGUGCUCAGUCUAUCAGUCUGUAGUCUCCGCCCCCAUCCAAGACUCCAAGACUCUAUAAGGCUCCAAGGCUGCAAAACUGAUGAAAUGCAUACACAAAAAAAAAGCUACAAUCCAGGUGUGUUACGCCUAAACGAGCCACCAGGGGGUGCCAGAGAGUUUCUCAUUACCACCUGCUCAUCAUAGCGGUCCAAGAUCUCUGUGAGUGUGUGUGUGUGUGUGUGUGUGUAUGUAUGAGUGUGUGUGUGUGUGUGUGUGUGUAGCUCUCUAGUAGCUUUCUUUCUUCGCCCUGAGCCUACUACUGUACGUACUUCUACUGUGGUUCUUCUGUAAAAGCUCUAAAAGCUUAAGCUCUGUCUGUGAACAGCUGUGAUGAUGAUCAUAAAAACUGCAUGUUGCUGUAAUUAAUAAGAAGGCUGUACGAAAAAUAGUAGAAAAAAAGUAGAAAAACAACAAAAAAAAAAUAGCAAAAAAGAAAAAAUAGGGAAAAAAGUGGUACACUGUACAUUUCACUGGAGCAAUGAUCUAAAAAAAGAGAGAGAGAAAAUCCUUAAUGUUAUAUAUAAAUAUAUAUAUAAAAAACAGACCGUGGUUUGUUGAGUAGAUGUGCAAUACUACUACUAGUAUCUCUUCUAAUAAUGGCUAUCGAGAACAUACGAACCUGAGAAGAUGGCCUAUCACAGGAGAACAAGAAAAAGUCCCCUCGACUGCAGUACCGAACAGAACGAGAGAACGAGUGUGUGUGAAAGAAAAAGAGCGAGAGAAAGAGAGAGAGAGAGAGAGAGAGAGAGAAAGAAAGAAAGCUGAAACAGCUGUGUUUGGAGAGCUCUGGAAGAGGAUCUGGAAGUCUAGAAAUGUCCAAUCACUGUCUGAGGAACCGAAAUAAACCUAAAUAUUACGGAUUGUAUCGUUUAUAGUGAUUUUGAGUCCAGUUCAAACCGUUCCCUCCCUUCCUCACUCACUCUGUGCGUCUGUGAACGUCUGUGUGAGGGUUUAAACGUGUGUAAAUAUAGAUAAAUAUAUAUAUAUAUAUAUAUAUAUAUAUAUAUAUAGAUGACGUUGUGGUUUAAAGAACCUCCAACAUACCUUUUAUCAUUAUUUUAAGCGUAAAGUGUUGCGUGUGUUACGUAUAUAUUUUUUUAUUUUGAUUUUAAUUUUAAUUCAGGGUCCCGAUCCUUCAUUUCCGAGCGUGUCCGUAAGCUGUAAACUGUGCAUUUCACACAAGAGCAAUCAAUCGUUUCCUUCAACCGAUGGUUAUUAAUAAUAAUAUAAAAGAAAAGAAAAUAAAAUCGCGCCGUGUGUGCGUGUAGGGUUUAGUUGUAAAUAGCACAAGACAGAUCAAGACGUGUCCAGACAGAUCGCCAGUUCGAAGAGAGUCUCCAAAGACGGGUGUUUUUGAUGGAGUGUAGCUUCUAAACUCGCCUGCUCUUUCCUUCUCUUCCUCUGGCGUUCCGAAAAAAAAGAAAAAAAAUGAGAGGAAAAGCAGAAGAGCGAGAGCGAGAGAACGAGACGUUUCGUUUGGAUGUAAAUAUUUCAGUGUUUAAAAAAAACAAAAAAAAGUAUUUAUAGAAACUGUACAGCUUUGGCAAUAUGACAAUAAAAGAUGUCCAACCCAAA